GGCCCCGGGCGGUGGGAUGGCCGGGCGUGUGUGGCGGGCGCUGCCUGGGGGCUUCGCGGCCGGGAGCUAGCGGGCCGCCGCAGUUUCUGUUUAACCGCCGGUCUGCGCGUUUCUCUUCCUUCCAGCUACGUUGUGUCGAGGAAAAUCGAACCUUUCUACAAAGGAGGGAGAGUCCAGAUAAACCGGGAUGGCAAGUUCAUGUUUUGUCCCUGUGGGACCAAGCUGAAUGUCAUUGAUGUAGAAACAGGAGCUCUCCACAGCCUCCAGCAGGAUGAUGAAGAGGAUAUCACUUCAUUUGUUCUCAGCCCCGACGAUGAGAUCCUUGUGACAGGGAGCCGAGCCCUGUUGCUGAAGCAGUGGAACUGGCGAGAGAACAAGUGUGUUCGCACGUGGAAAGCCGUGCACAUUGCGCCGGUAGCUAGCAUGGCCUUCGACUCUACUUCAACGUUGUUAGCCACAGGUGGCUGUGACAGUACCAUUAAGAUUUGGGACAUGAUCAAACAGUACUGCACACAUAACCUAAAAGGAUCUUCAGGAGUUGUACACCUUGUUGAGUUCCACCCUGACGUCUCCCGGCUGCAACUCUUCUCCUCCUCAGUUGACUACAAAAUCCGCAUCUGGGACCUAAAUUCCAGCAAAUGUGUUGCUAUGCUGGAUGGCCACUUCAGCGCUGUCACCUCACUGGCGUUUGCAGAUGGAAACACGCUCAUUAGUUCUGGCCGUGAUAAAAUCUGCAUGGUGUGGGACCUGAAAACCAAAGAAAGUAAACGAACCGUCCCUGUCUAUGAGAGCGUGGAAGCUGCUGUCUUGUUACCUGAAAAAGGAGAUUUCUCUCAGCUGGGUGUGAAGAAACAAGGGUUGCACUUUGUCACAGCUGGCAGCAAAGGCAUCUUGAAAGUUUGGGAAGUUGCCACAGCUGCUUGUGUGUACACCCAGCCCAUGCCCUUCACGCUGAAGGAGGAGGCCAGCGAGCGCAGCCUCACCCAGUGCAUGCUUGUGCCUGAGAGAAACGAGAUUGUCACAGUGUCCGUGGAACACAACAUUGUUUUAUAUGACGCUCAAACUCUUCAGCUCAGGAAGCAGCUUGCAGGUUACAACGAUGAAGUUCUGGAUGUGAAGUUCCUUGGGCCGGGUGAUUCUCACAUUGUUGUGGCCACCAACAGCCCUCAGCUGAAAGUGUUUGAACUGGCCACAUCACACUGCCAAAUCCUCUACGGCCACACAGAAACAAUUCUUGCUUUGGAUGUCUUCAGAAAAGGCCUGAUGUUCGUCAGCUGUGCUAAGGACAAAAGCCUUCGAGUCUGGCGGAUGAACAAAGAUGGAAGGGUGCUCUGUGUGGCCCAGGGACUGGGUCACGCACACGGGGUAGGCGCAGUCUCUUGCUCAAGACUGAAAGAAAGCUUCGUAGUAACCAGCAGCCAGGACUGCACUAUCAAGAUCUGGAAUAUCCCGGAAUCCCUCACUUCCAAAGCAAAAGCAGCCUUGAUCUCCAGCCCAGAAGCCCUUCAUGCAAAAGUGACUGAGAGGGGUCAUGACAAGGACAUAAACAGUGUGGCAGUUUCUCCCAACGACAAGCUGAUUGCCACUGGCUCACAGGACCGGCUGGCCAAGCUGUGGGCCUGUUCCGAUUGCUCUUUGCUGGGUGUCUUCGCUGGCCAUAAGCGUGGGAUCUGGUGUGUGCAGUUCUCCCCUGUGGAUCAGGUCUUGGCCACCUCUUCAGCAGAUGGGACCCUGAAGCUUUGGGGUCUUCGGGACUUCAGCUGUCUGAAGACCUUUGAAGGUCACGAUGCUUCCGUACUGAAGAUCAUUUUUGUAAGCCGAGGAAUGCAACUGCUCAGCAGCGGCUCUGAUGGUCUUGUAAAACUCUGGACGAUUAAAACAAAUGAAUGUGUGAAAACAUUAGAUGGUCAUGAAGACAAAAUCUGGGGUCUUCACUCUAACAAGCAAGAUGACAUGGUUGUGACAGCAUCCAGUGACUCCUGCAUCUUGCUGUGGAAGGAUGUCACUGAAAUUGAAGAGGAGGAGGCACAAGCUAAACAGGAGGAGCAGAUUAUGAAAGAGCAAGAGCUUUCAAACCUGCUUCAUGAGAAAAGAUACCUCAAAGCUUUAGGGUUGGCAAUCUCGCUGGAUCGUCCACACACAGUGUUGAUGGUGGUCAAAGCCAUCCUCAAGGAAACCAAUGGGAGAAAGCACUUGGAAGAGAACAUUGCUCGGCUCCGGAAGGAUCAGAAAGAGGCCGUGUUGACGUUCCUGGUGACGUGGAAUACGAACACACGGAACUGCCACGAGGCCCAAGCUGUCAUCGAAACCCUGCUGAAGCACGAAGCCCCAGACAGCCUCCUGCAGUACUCGGGCAUUAAAUCUGCAGUGGAGUCACUGCUGCCCUACACUGAGCGGCAUUUUCAGAGGCUGAGCCGCUUGCUCCAGGCCUCCAUGUUCAUUGAUUUCAUGUGGCAGAACAUGAGGCUGGCUGAUGCCUCCCAGCAGGAAGACUUGACACUGUGACCCUCCUCAUGCCCAUUGCUCUUUCCGGAGGGGAGAGCCUGAACUGCUUUUCUGCCAGGUAUGGCAACUGGACUAUUCCCCUAUUUUAUAAUAAAAUUUUAAAGUUUGACUUUCUAAAA